AUGUACUUAGCUAAUAAUUAUGCAAUAAUUAACUUUCUAAUUUUACUGAAAUUAUUUUACAUCAGUGCUUAUAAUCUGCAAUGGUGCACUUUUGAAGUACCUAUAGUGAAACAUCCUACAAAUUGUUCAGUUCUACGUGAAUGGAUUUCGUAUCAACGUCAUAAAUACAUACUACUUAAUCCAAGUGAGGUACAGGCUUCAUUUAGUUUAACCUGUCCAGUAUGUCCAGGUGAGCAUACAUCGAGUUUUGAAUGGUUUUUCAUAGUGCCUAAAAAAAGAUCUGGAUUAUUUGUUUUCCAGACACAAACUGUUUUUGAAGAUUAUUUGGACACCUCGUAUUCACGAUUAAGAGCACUUGCAAAUCGUCAGCGUACAGAUCUAUGUGUCACUAGACGUGAUUUACAAAUGGUCGGACGAGAUGUUUAUGUUCUUUAUAAUACGGCUACUUAUAUCUGUAAACGUCGAGGAAUUCAACUUCAUCCAGCCAAUUAUAUUUAUAAUCAUGUUUAUUACAUUGAAUCAUUCAAGUCAAAAUCCAUUGAAUAUAAAAUUCCAGAUAUUUCUUUUCAAUUGAACAGAGUUUCUAAUCUGCAUGAGUUAUAUACUGUAAAAGAUAGAGUAGACUAUUUUCUAAAUCGACUGGCAGAUGUUCAAACUAGAGAUUACACUUGGACAAUCAUCACAUAUAAAGAACAUAUUGAAGGUGGUAAUAUAAGACAGUGUGGCAGACAGUGGAUUCAUUAUUAUAGACGGUGUUAUCAGAAUAUAUCACAGCACAUUAUAAGUCAACGCUGUAAAAAUUGUUUUAUGUAUCAUGUUAAACUAUAUACGUUACCAUUUGCGCGUUUAGUAACCUUGUACAAUAUAGGACUUGAAGGCGCAAAACAAUUAGCUAUGAGAAAAGCUAAACGUCUUGGAUUCCAUUUAUACGUUGACAAUGGUUACUUCCUGGUACCAUGUGAAUACGAAUUGAUACAACAAUUGGAGAUAAGGACCAUCCAAAACCUAAAACGUGGUAGACAUGCAAGUGUCUAUUAUGAUCUUAUGUGUGUUCGAUUCGAUGUAAAGAGAUUUGAGAAUAUAAGUGGAGAAAAAUAUCAUAUAUAUCAAAUGAAACCAACUGUAAUUAGUACUAUUCAGCAUGAUAUUUUUUAUUAUAAAGAAAUGCAAAAUAUAUUCUUCAUGGAAUAUGAAAAACAUGUUGUAUUGAAAUGUGAUUUUGAUAAAAUCAAACAAUUAGAUCCUGAAUUACAGAAUUACGGUCUAUAUUGGAAAUCAUCCAAUGAGAAAUUUCAACAGAAAAUGAGAAGAAAAAGACAAAAUUCCAUGUGUCAAGCUGCUAAUAGUUGUGAUUUAAUAUUUCAAUUACUUCAAAGAAAUGAUGUCGGAACAUAUUAUUGUAAAUCAAACAAUUUAGGCUUAAAUAUUACUUUUUUUAAUAAAACAAAAUAUUUACUCAAAUGGAAUGAUGUACAAAUUAUGGCUUAUAAUUUAUAUGUAAAACGAGUGAAUUAUAGUUGGUCACAACAACAUACCAUAAGCAAUGGCAUUGUUGUUUUGAAUAUAUGGUCAUUCUUGUUAAUAAUUGUUUGGAUAAUUUUUCUUUACUGUAUGAACUAUGCAAAAAAGAUUCAAUCGAAUGAAUAUGUAGUGGAAUUAAUGUGGUGA